AUGGCUCCUGCCCAUCCACCCCGGUGCCCCACGGCCCCCACCCAUCCACCCCAGUGCCCCCAUGGCUCCUGCCCAUCCACCCCGGUGCCCCACGGCCCCCACCCAUCCACCCCAGUGCCCCCACGGCUCCUGCCCAUCCACCCCGGUGCCCCACGGCUCCUGCCCAUCCACCCCGGUGCCCCAUGGCCCCACCCAUCCACCCCAGUGCCCCCACGGCUCCUGCCCAUCCACCCCGGUGCCCCACGGCCCCCACCCAUCCACCCCAGUGCCCCCACGGCUCCUGCCCAUCCACCCCGGUGCCCCACGGCCCCCACCCAUCCACCCCAGUGCCCCCACGGCUCCUGCCCAUCCACCCCGGUGCCCCCGCGGCCCCUGCCCAUCCACCCCGGUGCCCCACGGCCCCUGCCCAUCCACCCCGGUGCCCCACGGCUCCUGCCCAUCCACCCCGGUGCCCCACGGCCCCUGCCCAUCCACCCCGGUGCCCCACGGCUCCUGCCCAUCCAUCCCGGUGCCCCCGCGGCCCCUGCCCAUCCACCCCGGUGCCUGCAGCUCCUGCCCAUCCACCCCGGUGCCCCAUGGCCCCACCCAUCCACCCCAGUGCCCCCACAGCUCCUGCACAUCCACCCCGGUGCCCCCGCGGCCCCUGCCCAUCCACCCCGGUGCCUGCAGCUCCUGCCCAUCCACCCCGGUGCCCCUGCGGCCCCCGCCCAUCCACCCCGGUGCCCCCACGGCCCCCGCCCAUCCACCCCGGUGCCCCCGCGGCCCCUGCCCAUCCACCCCGGUGCCUGCAGUUCCUGCCCAUCCACCCCGGUGCCCCCGCGGCCCCUGCCCAUCCACCCCGGUGCCCCACGGCUCCUGCCCAUCCACCCCAGUGCCCCACAGCCCCUGCCCAUCCACCCCGGUGCCCCCAUGGUCCCUGCCCAUCCACCCCGGUGCUCCCACGGCCCCUGCCCAUCUACCCCGGUGCCCCCACGGCCCCUGCCCAUCCACCCCGGUGCCCCCACGGCCCCUGCCCAUCCACCCCGGUGCCCCCACGGCCCCUGCCCAUCCACCCCGGUGCCCCCACGGCCCCUGCCCAUCCACCCCGGCUCGGUCCUCCUGCUGGGAUUACGGCCGUGUUCCCCGUUCCACCGUGACAAGCUGCGCCACGCCAACCAAACUAGAGCCGCGGUAGCCGGGGGCCCUUGCAGCGCGGGAGCGCCAGCUGGCCCUGCCCGAGGGGCAUCCGGGACUCGGAACGUCUCCCAGCACCGAUGUAACUACGUCAUCGUCAUGGAACUCCCUAAGCAGCAACAGAACCCAGCACGUCCUGUGCCCUUCAGAGAGCAGCAGCAGCUCACGGCCCCCAAAGCAGGUCGUCCCCUGUUCGUAGCCCCCGUGCUACCCUGCUGA